CUGCCCUGCUCCGAGGCCUGGUCUGCUGGGCCUCACGGGCCAGAGAGUGACCCAGCGAGCAGAAGGAUGCCCAUGGCCGAGGCCCCCCAAGCGGCUGGCGGGCAGGGCGAUGGAGGUGAUGGAGAAGAGGCAGAGCCGGAGGGGAUGUUUAAGGCCCCCGAGGACUCCAAGAGAAAAGUCGGCGACUACCUCCGCCUGGCUCCCCUCUGGCUGGCCCUGGUUGUGUUGGCUUCAGUGGGGGUCCUGCUCUGGUAUCUCCUAGGGCACAAGGCAGAGAUGACGGUCAGCCAGGUAUACUCAGGCAGCCUCCGCGUGCUCAAUCGCCACUUCUCCCAGGACCUUGCCCGCCGGGAGUCCAGUGCCUUCCGCAGUGAAACUACCAAAGCUCAGAUGAUGCUCAAGGAGCUCAUUGCCAGCACCUGCCUGGGUACUUACUACAACUCUAGCUCCGUCUACUCCUUUGGGGAGGGACCGCUCACCUGCUUCUUCUGGUUCAUCCUCCAAAUCCCCGAGCACCGCCGGCCGAUGCUGAGCCCCGAGGUGGUGCGAGCCCUGCUGGUGGAGGAGCUGCUGUCCACGGCCAACAGCUCGGCCCCUGCUCCCUACAGGGCCGAGUAUGAGGUGGACCCCGAGGGCCUGGUGAUCCUGGAAGCCAGUGUGAAAGACAUAGUUGCACUGAAUUCCACGCUGGGCUGCUACCGCUACAGCUACGUGGGCCAGGGCCAGGUCCUCCGGCUGAAGGGGCCCGACCCCCUGGCCUCCAGCUGCCUGUGGCACCUGCAGGGCCCCGAGGAUCUCAUGCUCAAACUCCGGCUCGAGUGGAUGCUGGCUGACUGCCGGGACCGGCUGGCCAUGUAUGAUGUGGCUGGGCCCCUCGAGAGGAGACUGAUCACCUCGGUCUAUGGCUGCAGUCGCCAGGAGCCCGUGGUGGAGGUCCUGGCAUCGGGUGCCGUCAUGGCGGUGGUCUGGAAGAAGGGCCUGCACAGCUACUAUGACCCCUUCGUGCUCUCCGUGCAGCCCGUGGCCUUCCAGGCCUGUGAGGUGAAUCUGACCCUGGAAGGCCGGCUGGAGCUGCAGGGUGUCCUCAGCACGCCAUACUUCCCCAGCUACUACUCACCCAGCACCCACUGCUCCUGGCACCUCACGGUGCCAUCCCUGGACUACGGCUUGGCCCUCUGGUUUGAUGCUUACACUCUGCGGAGGCAGAAAUACGACAUGCCAUGCACCCAAGGCCAGUGGACCAUCCAGAACCGGAGGCUGUGUGGCCUGCGCACCCUGCAGCCCUACGCCGAGAGGAUCCCUGUGGUGGCCACCGCUGGCAUCACCAUCAACUUCACGUCCCAGAUCUCCCUCACCGGGCCCGGCGUGCAGGUGCACUACAGCUUGUACAACCAGUCAGAUCCCUGCCCUGGAGAGUUCCUCUGCUCUGUGAAUGGACUCUGUGUGCCUGCCUGUGACGGGGUCAAAGACUGCCCCAACGGCCUGGAUGAGAGAAACUGUGUUUGCAGAGCCACGUACCAGUGCCAAGAGGACAGCACAUGCAUCUCACUGUCCAGGGUCUGUGACCAGCAGCCUGACUGUCUCAAUGGGAGUGAUGAAGAGCUGUGCCAGGAAGGGGUGCCUUGCGGGACCUUCACUUUCCAGUGUGAGGACCGCAGUUGUGUGAAGAAGCCCAACCCACAGUGCGACGGGAACCCCGACUGCAAGGACGGCUCGGACGAGCAGCACUGUGACUGUGGCCUCCAGGGCCCCUCGGGCCGCAUCGUGGGCGGGGUCGAGUCCUCGGAGGGUGAGUGGCCCUGGCAGGCCAGCCUCCAGGUUCGGGGCCGACACAUCUGCGGGGGGGCCCUCAUCACUGACCGCUGGGUCAUCACCGCUGCCCACUGCUUCCAGGAGGACAGCAUGGCGUCCCCGGCGCUGUGGACCGUGUUCCUGGGCAAAGUGUGGCAGAGCGCUCGCUGGCCGGGUGAGGUGUCCUUCAAGGUGAGCCGUCUGCUCCUGCACCCGUACCAUGAGGAGGACAGCCACGACUAUGACGUGGCCCUGCUGCAGCUCGACCACCCCGUGGUGCGCUCGGCCUCCGUGCAACCCGUCUGCCUGCCCGCGCGCUCCCACUUCUUCGAGCCGGGCCUGCACUGCUGGAUCACGGGCUGGGGUGCCCUGCGUGAGGGUGGCCCCACCAGCAACGGUCUGCAGAAGGUGGACGUGCAGCUGAUCCCGCAGGACUUGUGCAGCGAGGCCUACCGCUACCAGGUGACCCCCCGCAUGCUGUGCGCCGGCUACCGCAGGGGCAAGAAGGAUGCCUGCCAGGUGACUCCUGCGGGGUGGGCCAGAUCGGGGAGAGAGGGCGCUGCUCACGUCACCCGGGGCCUGCUGCAGCCUCACGGCAAGGUGGGCUUGGCUGUCCCCACUUUAUGGAUGAGGAAACUGAGGCUCGGGAGGUUGCGAGACUUGCUCCAGGUUGCAGGCCCCAGAUCAGAAGAGACCCCAGGGGGGCAGGGCUGAGGCCCAAGCCCAGCUCUGCUCCUUGCCCUCCGCGAGGCGCUUUGCCCAAGUGAGGCAGCAGAGAGGACUAGAGCCCACAGAAGGCAGGCGGGGCUGGGCAGGGCGCGGGGACACACAUCCACGCUUCCGCGAAAGCC